CUUUCAAUCAAUUAUUCUUAAACCAUUUCUUCAAGAUGUGUUUGGUUUCUACUUUUCUCUUCUAUUUUUAAUUUUAAUUAGUAUAAAAAAUAUCACUUUUUGCUAUUUUCUAUUUUAGAUUAUGUUAAUAAAACAGUAACAAGUAAUUUUUUUGAAGUGAAACAUGAUGUGCUUGGGGAGCUAUGAUUUUUCAAUAGAACUCCAAAUUUUGUUACCAACUGCUCGAUGAAAUGUUUCAAGAUGCUGAGUUCAAUGCAUGCCAAGAAAUACCUGAAGAAAAUUGGGUUUGAAAGUGAAGAUUACUUCUUUUGGAAACAAGUUGGGAAAGCCCUACUUUGCACCUACACCAUAAUGGGUGGUUUUUGGCUUUACAAUGGUGGAGCUUCAAAGUUGAAGCCUCAGCUGAAGGUAGACCAGGAGCUAGCCGAUAACCAGCACCGGCCGGAGGAAGAGCAGGAGCUAGACCAUAAACAGCACCAACAGUUCCCAUUGGCCAGCAAUUUAGAAGAAAUGAAGGAGUUUGUUUCUGAUAUUGGAACAAAGAUUGGUUUAAAAGGGAUGGUUGAGAAUGAUAAGGAGCUAGAAGGCAAGAAGUUUGAGCAGGAAGCACAGAAGUUGUGGAUGAAGAUGAGGAAAGAGGUUGUUUCUGAGCUUCAAGAGAAGGGAAUUGAUGUGGAAUGAAUGCAAUUCAAUUCAAUGCAAUGCAAAUGGCCAAAUGCCAUUUCAGUUGUGAACUUGAUUGUGACUAGAGUAGAACACAACAUGUUAGGAAACAUAAUGCAUGGUUAGUAGUGAAGUAAUACUUUUCUGUGUAUAAAUAAAUGUUUGUGUUAACAUUGAAUGUUAUCAAAAUUGGACCGGAUCGGCCAUUUGGUCCGAACGGCGGUGUACUAGCUGCUUGUUUUAUUCGGUUCUCCAAUUAGAUCAGAUAUGCACAAAACUCCGGCAAACCUGGAAUGAACGGCCUAUUUUGAGAUCAAGCCGGACUGGUUCGAAGGCUAGAACGACACCGUAUUUGAGGUUGGAAAUAAUUCAAAAAUUUCAAGGUGUGUUACCCCUCCUCUACAACCAUUUAUGUUUGUAUAUUUAUCUAAUUAAAUAGAAUUCAACCAGUUUGACCAGUGAUUCAUUGGUGGUGGGUUCACUAAUAACCCUAUGUUUUGGCUGAGUUGAUUACUAAUCUGGGUUUAGUGAAUAUGCAUUGAAUGGUGAUAAAUGGAGGGAAAAAAUGAUUAGUAUCAACUUUCAAUUCA